AUGAAGUGUCUAAUAUCAGUAUUCAUAUUCUUGAAGCUCUUGUUGCUGAAUCUUCACUACUCUGAAGGCACCAUCGAGGUAAAGAAGACAGUGAAAGACAAAGUGGUACUCCCCUGUAAUUUUAACAUUUCCUCAGAAGAGCUGGCGAGGGUUCGCAUCUACUGGCAAAAGGGAGAUGCAGUGGUGAUGACUCUCAUGGCUGGAAAAGAAAAAUGGUGGCCCGAGUAUGAGAACCGCACCUUCUUCCUCGCCAACAACCUCUCCAUCGUGAUCCUGGCUCUGCGCCCAUCAGACAACGGCACGUAUACCUGUGUUGUUCAGAAGCAGGAUAAGACGUCUUUCAAACUGGUACACUUGAAUCUGGUGAUGUUAUUCGUCAGAGCUGACUUCUCUGUUCCCAAUAUAACCGACCUUGGAAGUCCAUCUCCUAUGAUCAGAAGAAUAAGUUGCUCAACCUCUGGAGGCUUUCCAGAGCCUCACCUCUCCUGGUUGGAAAAUGGAGAAGAAUUAAAAGCCACAAACAAGACACUUUCCCAAGAUCCAGACACUGAGCUCUACACUAUUCGCAGUGAACUGGAGUUCAAUGUGACGACCAACCACAGCUUUGUGUGUCUUGUCAAGUACGGAAACUUAACAGUGUCAAAGAACUUCAACUGGCAAAAAAAUGAGUCAGACCGUCUUCGUUCCUCCGUGAAAUGGGUUUAUGCCUUAACCAUGUGUCCUGUUCUAAUAAUCCUGUAUGUCCUUUACAGAUCUUACAGAACACAGAGAGAAAGAGAAAUAGAGAGAGAAUGGAAACAAGCUCCCCCACCUGCAGAAGAUAUAUAGAGGAAUCAGACGGAACAUCUGAAGGGCUCUGGGCUGAUGCUGUGGCCCCGCAUCCAUGCUCCUGCUCCAUCCCACGUUGCUGCCAAUCAGGCCAG